GCCAGACAAGGUUACUUGCAAGUUAUAAAAUGCAAACUUGUCGCUGCAUUUCUUGUCAGUCCACACACUAUCUCAAAGCAAACAAAAAUGAAUUCCAAGAUUACCAUAAUCCUACUAUUAUUGUUUGCCAUUGCCAAAGCCGGACUUGUCGAAGUGCUUCAAGGUCCGAGCAGCAAAACCAAAAUUUUGGGUCCGGACGGUAGUUCUAUCGAUGCGGUUGCUCCGGGAGGCGCUGUAGUAACAGACGGACAGGCGGUCGUUCCUGCAGCUCCUGCUGUCCUAGUAGCUGGGCCUGCAACGGUCGUGGCCGGCCCCGCAGGAUCCAUUGCCACUAGUCACACGUUGGCGGGACCUGCUGUGGUUCCUGCUGUAGCUCCGGUUCUUGUUGCAGAACACGACGAUAAUGAACAACUUUAUGACGAUGGCUCGUACAAAGGAGAAUAACGAUGCAGCUGAUUUAUGACUAUUUUAAUGAUGAAACACCCAAUUCUGUUCAAAUUGUAGUGAACUAUGUGCCAAUAAAUAUUUAUUUUACCA